AUUAAUACUUAUGAGGUGCAGAUACAUAUAUUGUUGCAUUAUCAAAAGUCAGUCGCGUUUAGUGGUAUCGUAAAGAAAUAAUAAGACGCGUAUUAUUUCUUUAACAAAAAAAAAAAAAAACAAGAAAAAAAAAUUCUAUUUAAUUCGAUAUUAUAUUAUGGAUGAUCAUAACAUGGAUCAAAAUAUUUUAACAGUGCUGAAACUUCUUAUGAUAGGAGAAUCUAACGUGGGUAAAUCAAGUAUACUUUUAAGGUUCACAGAAGAUGAAUUUUCGGAAAAUAUGCGAAAUACAGUCGGGAUGGACUAUAAAACAAAAUAUAUCACAAUAGAUGAUAGUAUAGUGAAACUUGCUAUUUGGGAUACUGCUGGACAAGAACGAUUUCGUACUUUAACACCAAGUUAUUAUAGAGAUGGACAAGGAGCUAUUUUAGUAUAUGAUGUUACCGAUAGAAAUACAUUUUUAAAACUGGAUACAUGGCUUAAUGAAUUAAACACGUAUUGUAAUAAAACGGAUAUUGUUAAAAUGAUAGUAGGUAAUAAAAUAGAUUUACCAAAUAGGGAAGUUAGCAAUGAAGAAGGCUUACAAUUUGCUAGGAGACAUCAGUCCCUAUAUAUUGAAAGUAGUGCUAAAACGGCGGAUGGAGUAAAGUGUUGCUUCGAGGAACUCGUUCAAAAGAUAUUACAAACUCCUGGUUUAUGGGAUACUCACUCUCCAAAAUAUAUUGACAAUGGCAAUAUGACCGGUGCUAGGUAUAGAAUGGGAAAAAGAGGAAUACAAUUGACGGAUGAUUAUGAACCACAGAAUGCAUAUUCGCGUUGUUAUUGCAGUAUGAUUUAAGUGGCUGUGAUAAAGAAAUUUUUUUGGUAAUGGGUUAUAAGCAUGGCGCCUAUUGUAUGAUAUGUUGUUUAUUAAACAACUAAAACAAGUUACAAUGAAUACAUAAUAUUGUGAAUCAUUGUUAGAAUUAUAUUACAUUAGAUAAAGAAACAAACAUUACACAAUCUGUGAACUAUACAAAAAUGUGCUAAUGAUUUAUAGAUCUACAUUAAUUAAUAAUUUAAUUAAAUACGAAUUUUAAAAAUAUCAUCAAUUUAUAGUUAUAUAUUGCAGGUGUACAAAAAAUUGGACUUAAGCUAAGCCAAGAAUGAAAAGCUGGCGCUUUGAACCAUUAAUAAUAAGCUAAGCAACCGUUAAUUCUAUUUUCUUUUAUUCAAUUUAUUUCUAAAUAUUCAAAAAUAAAUCAUUUUUAUUAUAA